AUGGGAUUGUUGUUAUCUGCAGCUGUGUCUUACGUUAUGGAGCCUCAAGGUCCUCAAGUCAGACUCGUAGAAAAAAAUUUUGUGCUGACUGAAGAUGAUAUGUUGGACCAGCAUGUACAGGAUAUUUUAAAUUUAACUCCGGCUUCCACAAAACAUAAAAACGAAGAAUGUGAAGAAAAUUUAAAUCCAAAAAGAAAAAAAAUGCAAGUUGCCAAUUCAAAUAGAAAUAAAGAAAACGUUCCAACCGACAAUACAUUAAACGACAACGCAGUGGAUGAAGUAAAUUAUAUAAAACUGUCACAAUCGACUUUAAAAGAAAUACUAACUGAAAUAAAGUAA